AUGCAGGGUGGAGGUAAUAUCACAACCUUCCCCUGCGUGUUCAUUAUAGUUGUACUGACCGUCGUGUCUUCAAGGAUUAAUGCAUGUGACAAGCCCGAUAACUAUGAGACCCUGAGAAAAGAAUUCGAUUCUCAAAAAGGUGUCACCGUAUAUCCCGAUGGACACCUGGUUUCAAGGAUUAGCGAUUACAUUAUUUACAGUGUAGAGGCUGGAGUGAUUGACAGGGUAGUGGCACAAUACGGCCCAUCUACGAAAGUCGGCGCGAUCGUCGGCGGUCAAACGUCAUGCAAAGCUCCCGAGCUGGCCGCCUUCGAUAAACAUCUCCCUCCGGAUGUAGAAGUUGUAUCAUGCCAUUCCCUGCAUGGCCCCAAGGUCAACCCGAAGGGCCAACCCUUGGUCCUGAUCCAGCACCGCGCGUCGGACGCCAGCCUGCGGUUCGUCGAGAACGUCCUGUCCUGCUUCAACUCCGAGUAUGUCUACCUCACGGGCGAGCUGCACGACCGCAUCACCGCCGACACGCAGGCGGUCACGCACGCCGCCUUCCUGAGCAUGGGGACGGCCUGGCACGCCAACGAGCAAUUCCCCUGGGAGAUCUCUCGCUGGGUGGGCGGCAUCGAGAACGUGAAGAUCAACAUCACGCUGCGCAUCUACUCGAACAAAUGGCACGUGUACGCCGGGCUCGCCAUCCUCAACCCGGCCGCGAAGAAACAGAUCCGCCAGUAUGCGGAGUCGGUGACGGAGUUGUACAAGCUGAUGAUCGAGGGCCGCCGGGACGAACUGAAGCAGCGGGUCUACGCCGCCGGGGCUGCGGUCUUCCGUGCGGGCACCGAGGGACAAGACUUGCUGCUGAAGGACGAGGUUCUCGACCGGUUUUCGCUGUCGAACCGGUCGCGCGAGGACACCCCUCCGAACAGCCAUCUGAGUUUGCUGGCCAUUGUGGAUUGUUGGUCGAAGUUGGGCAUCGUCCCGUACGAUCAUAUGAUUUGUUCAACCCCUCUGUUCCGUCUGUGGCUCGGCGUCACCGAGUACCUCUUCCGCAACCCGGAGCUCCUCGACGAGGCGUUGGAGACGGCGAUCAACGACAAGACGUUCCGCUCGGACGAUUUGGAAUUCACCUUUGCAGCUCGGGCAUGGUCUGAUUGCGUUUCGUUUGGUGACUUCGAAUCCUACCGCGACCGCUUCGAGCGGAUCCAGCAGUACUUUUCGCCUCGGUUCCCCGAGGCCGCCAAGCUUGGCAACGAGAUGAUGAAGACCAUCCUAGAGAAGACCACGAGUGGGAGUUCCUAG